AAAAAUUGUACAAAAUUUGUUUCCAAUCCAUUGCGAACGGUUAGAUAUCGUAACUUGUGAUUUGUCUACUGGAUACAACUGUAGAUGGGAAUCGCGAAUCGUACGGUUCACACUCUUUUUCAUUUGACCGAACAAAUUUGCGUUGUGAAUCUUCUGACGAAUAUCAACGGGGAAAAAAAUUGUUAGUCUAGCGAAAAAGCAUUCUCCGAACGUUAAUAAGUGAAAAAAAAGAAACAAAGUUAUACAAUUUCGUCGACCUCCGGAACAAAUUCUGCAAAUUACAAAAGUUGUGAGUCACAAUGCUUGGACGUGUUCGGCUCAAAGAGAACAGCAUCAUGGAUGAAGAAUUGCCCACUCUACUCGAGACAACGUUCCGCUACUUGGCCAAGAACUUGUUCAUCGUUUGCAAUAUCAAUCCAGUAACCCAUCAUCUUGAGCUGAAGGACGAUAUCAUAAUACCAAAUGAGGUUUGCGACAGAUUCCUACACUAUCAGCAGGAAUGCGGUCAGGACAUAAACGACCGGUUUGUAAAUAUAUUCAGAGACCCCGGUAAAAGCCCACUGCGCAAUGUCCGUUUGCGUAACAGUACGAUCACCAACGAAGGCAUGCGGAUACUGUUGCGGCAUAAACUGAACUCCUUGUCUAUGUGGUACUGCAACAAAAUCACUACAGCCUCGUGGAACAUAUUGAUCGAGAAUUGCAGGCAGCUGAAGUUCCUGGAGCUCGGACGAUACGUGGACAUGCUCAAGCACAGCGAACCCAACGAAAAGACGCCCAUUGAUUUUCAGCUUGUGCUGCCUCAAUUGCGUCACUUGAUUCUCAACGGAGUUGUAUUGCAGCCAUCGAUUCAGUUCAGUCAUCUUGCGGAACUGUCGCACCUCGAUCUGACCGCAUGCAUAUUUGCUGAGUUCAGUUUGAAAGCACUGGUUGGUUUACCAAAACUGAAAGCGUUGAUUCUUUUCAAUGUAUGGCCCCUAGAUCACGAGUUUUCUACUUUAUGCAUGUUGAAGAAGUUGGAAAUUCUAGAUCUGUCCGUAUCGCGGGCAAACGUUGACGGAAAUUAUCUAACACCCAAUCGAUUGUUGUCGAAUAUAGUGGAAAGUUUAGCAAAUUUGCGACAUUUGGAUAUUUCCGGUACGAAUCUUGCAGGCGAUGGAGUGGCGAUGAAAUCGAAUACUAGCGGCGGGAGUUCUGACAUUCCAGGCCUAGCUAGUCGUGCCGACCGGCCGCUGGAAUUUCUUGGGUUGUACUAUACCGCUCAUUCAGCCUGCAAGUGGCAUGAUAUCCCCGCAAUGAGGAUUGCAGGUGAAGCAACUGAGGAACAGAUUCUCGUGGCAGCCUCUGUCUACCAGGAUCGCCAUGAGCUUCUAACGAAGGUACUGAAUGAUCUCUACCAUUUGUUACGGUUCGAGACCUGUAAGCAAAUACACAAUGCGCUGGACGUCGUUCUGUCCGCUAUGGAUAAACAUAUUCGUGUCAAACACAUACAAAUUAGUGGCAGUGCCACGUUGUUUUAUAUUGUUAAAGGGCGCAACAAGAUUCAGUUUGGCGUUCCUCUCAAGAAUCAUAUCAUUCACACUUUGUUGAAUGGAAUGUCAACCCAUCUGACCGAUGAUACAAUGAUGCGGAACGGCUGUCUCACUCUAUGCCAGUUCAAUAUCCCCCAGGAUGUGUUAUUCGAAUACGAGCGUUUGGUACGUAUUUUGUUGCACGGUGUUUCUUAUCGCGAGCAGGAAGGCUUCGUGCAAAGGAUUGCCAUCUACUUGCUGAAUUCAUUGGCCUGCCAGGUGGAUGGUUACCAGAAAAUGUUCUUGGGCGAUAUGGGUGCUAUUUCGACUAUGUUGAACCUGAUAAGUGAUCGAUUGUCUCGCAAAAUCUUCGAUGAUGUGAUGGAAGUGGCGUGGUCUACCAUGUGGAAUGUGACUGAUGAAACAGCGAAGAAUUGCGAACGUUUCCUAGAUGGUCGUGGAAUGGAAUAUUUCUUAGGGUGUUUGAAAUUAUUUCCAGACAAAGACGAUCUACUGAGGAACAUGAUGGGAUUACUAGGAAAUGUUGCAGAGGUGAAAGAAUUGCGACCACGAUUGAUGACACCAGAGUUCAUAACAGAAUUUGCCGAUUUGUUAGACUCAUCAAGUGAUGGGAUUGAGGUGAGCUAUAAUGCCGCAGGCGUACUCGCACACAUUGCGUCAGACGGAGAAGCUUCAUGGGCCAUCCAAUCGCCUACACGCGAUCGGGUACUGAUUCGCAUGGUGGAAGCAAUCGAGCGCUGGGACUUGUCGGCUGAGCGUAAUAUCAACUAUCGUAGUUUUGAACCGAUACUUGGUUUAAUAUGCUGCUAUCACACACCCGCGUGUCAGCAUUGGGCCGUGUGGGCCUUAGCCAAUUUAACUAAAGUUUAUCCCAUUAAGUACUGCCGGUUGGUAGAACGGGAACGAGGUGUUGAAUUGCUGCAGGAGUUGAUAGAUCAUCCUCAACCAUAUUCACGUUUGAAAGAACUAGCACAGAUGGUACUGACCCAUUGUCAAAACUUCAAUUGGACGUUCGAUCAGUGCAAGAAGAUGGAAUUGGAUGGCUGAAUGUCGGAUGGUUGUGUUCCCAUAACGAGCACCAGCAUAACAAAUUGUGAAUUCCUUGCGUAAGCACAUAUACAUGAAACAUAUAUGUUCUAACUAGUUUUACAGUAUAUCGGAAUCUGUGGAUGUUCAAGGCUGGCGUGCGGAAUACCAAUAAUAGAGUAAGGCAUGUAAUAAAUUGUGUAACAAAUUAAAUUAUUCAUGCACAAAAUCA